GCCCCUGGACGGAGCGUCGGCGCGCGGCGGGUUUGGGGCGCGCAGGGUCCGCGCAGACGGUGAGCUGGGGGCACGGCCGGGGCUGCCGUCCGUGGGAGCUCCCGCCGGUGGGACCUUCUGCGGUGUCCGGCCCGGCCUCACUGCCCGCAUCGUAUUACCGGCGCUGGAGGACUAGCCUGGAGCGGGGCUGUUCGGGAUCAUGGAUUUUCCAGGACACUUUGAACAAAUCUUUCAGCAGCUCAACUACCAGAGGCUUCAUGGCCAACUUUGUGACUGCGUCAUUGUGGUGGGAAACAGGCAUUUCAAAGCCCAUCGCUCUGUUUUGGCAGCAUGUAGUACACAUUUCCGAGCUCUCUUCACCGUAGCAGAAGGAGAUCAAACCAUGAAUAUGAUUCAGCUGGAUAGUGAAGUGGUGACAGCAGAAGCUUUUGCUGCCCUCAUAGACAUGAUGUACACUUCCACACUUAUGCUUGGAGAGAGCAACGUUAUGGAUAUCUUGCUGGCUGCAUCUCACUUGCAUUUGAACUCCGUUGUUAAGGCAUGCAAACACUACCUUACUACCAGGACACUGCCCAUGUCUCCACCCAGCGAUAGGGUUCAAGAGCAAAAUGCACGCAUUCAAAGGUCUUUCAUGCUUCAGCAGCUUGGGCUGAGCAUUGUGAGCUCUGCAUUGAAUUCCACUCAGAGCUCAGAGGAGCAACCAAGCACUAUGAGUUCCACCAUGAGAAGCAACAUAGAGCAGCGCUCUGCUUUUCCUAUUCGCCGUCUCCACAAGCGUAAACAGUCCUCUGAAGAUCGGGCCAGACAGCGAAUGAGGCCUGCCAUAGAUGAGGCUGUUUCUGACGUGGCUCCAGAGAGCGGGCAGUCAGUUCAUUCACGGGAGGAUUUCUUUUCACCAGAUUCACUGAAGAUAGUGGACAACUCUAAGGCUGAUGCUGUCACUGAUAACCAGGAGGAUAACAAUAUUCUGUUUGAUCAGUCUUUCAGUGCUCAGGAAGAUACUCAAGUGCCCAGCCAGUCUGACAACAGCGGAGGAAACAUUUCACAGAUGUCCAUGGCAUCACAGGCAACACAAGUGGAAACCAGCUUUGACCAGGAGGCUGCAUCUGAGAAAAACAACUUCCCAUGUGACAAUCCAGAGGUCAGCAUUAAUGAAAAAGAGCACAUGAGGGUGGUCGUUAAAUCUGAGCCCUUGAGUUCCCCGGAGCCUCAGGAUGAGGUGAGUGAUGUCACUUCCCAAGCAGAAGGCAGCGAGUCUGUUGAAGUGGAAGGAGGAGUUGUGAGUGCAGAGAAGAUAGAGCUGAGUCCUGAGAGCAGUGAUCGUAGCUUUUCUGACCCGCAGUCCACUACAGAUAGGGUAGGAGAUAUCCAUAUUAUGGAGGUGUCAAAUAACCUGGAACACAAGUCUACUUUCAGUAUCUCAAAUUUUCUGAAUAAAGGCAGAGGUGGCAGCUAUGGUGCUAGUCAAACUACUGAUGACAACAUUCCAAAUACAACGAGUGACUGCAGAAUGGACAGUGAUGCUUCUUUCCUGAUGAGUCCAGAGUCAGGACCUGCUGGUGGUCAUUCAUCUGCCACAGUCUCUCAUGUUGAGAAUCCCUUCAGUGAGCCUGCAGAAUCCCAUUUUGUUAGACCAAUGCAGGAUGUGAUGGGUCUUCCCUGUGUACAGACUUCCGGAUACCGGGCUGCGGAACAGUUUGGUAUGGACUUUCCAAGGUCAGGCUUGGGCCUGCAUUCCCUGUCAAGGGCAAUGAUAGGCUCUGUCAGAGGAGGAGCCAGUAGCUUUCCUGGCUACCGCCGCAUAGCCCCCAAAAUGCCUGUUGUAACCUCUGUCAGGAGCUCCCAGCUGCAGGAUAACUCACCUAGUUCCCAGCUGAUCAUCAAUGGGACCACUUCUUUUGAAAAUGGGCAUCCUUCGCAACCUGGUCCACCACAGUUGACAAGGGCAUCUGCAGAUGUUCUUUCAAAAUGUAAGAAAGCCUUAUCUGAGCACAAUGUCUUGGUUGUAGAAGGUGCACGCAAAUAUGCAUGUAAGAUCUGCUGCAAGACUUUUUUGACUUUAACAGACUGUAAGAAACACAUCCGUGUGCACACAGGAGAAAAGCCUUAUGCCUGCCUGAAGUGUGGCAAACGGUUCAGCCAGUCCAGCCACCUUUAUAAACAUUCCAAAACAACCUGCCUGAGGUGGCAGAGUAGCAACCUACCUAGCACUUUGCUUUAACUGCUUGCAUCUCCCAGCCUGAGUGAGAGUGCCAGUACAAACUCUUAACUCUCUGAAGCACUGCAGGAGCAUUAACACUAUUUUGCUCAAGCUAAGAAGCUGCUUUCGUAGGUCUGUGAACAGUUGUGUGUGGUUGUGCCACACACUGAAGUCUUGAUUCUAUAAAUUGGGGAUAAUACCAUACCUACCUCACAGGGGUGUUGUGAGGAUUAGACAACUGUUAGCAAAUAACUUUGAGGUCCUCAGAAGUCUGUAGAUAUGUAAAACAUUAUUGUUACGUACAUGCAGGCUUGGGGCUCAAUGGGGAUACGGUCCCUACAUCAAAUUUCCUUUGCAAAACAGAGGGGUGGGGAUUGAGUGAGAGUAUAAUUGUCUCACAGAAUCAUAGAAUGGCAUGGGUUGGAAGGGACCUUAAAGAUCGAGUUCCAACCUCCCUGCCACGGGCAGGGUUGCCACCCACUUGAUCAGGUUGCCUAGAGCCCCAUCCAACCUCCACAAAUGGGGCAUCCAGUUCUUCUGUGGGCAGCCUGUUCCAGUGCCUCACUACCCUUGAUAGACAAAAUUUUCUUCCUAAUAUCUAAACUAAACCUACUCUCUUUUAGUGUAAAGCCAUUACUCCAUGUCCUACCAUUACACUCCCUGAAGAGAAGUCCCUCCCAAGGUUUCCUGUAGGGCUCUCUAGGUGUUGGGAGGCUGCAAUGAGAUCUCUCUGGAGCCUUUUCUCCUCCAGGCUGAACGAGCCCAGCUCUCAGCCUGUCUUUGUCAGAGAGGUAAUCCAGCCCUCUGAUACCUUCAUGGCCCUCUCUGGACCUGCUCCACCUGCUCUGUGUCUUUCUUGUGCUGGGGGCCCUUGGCCUGAGUACAAUACUCUGUCUGGGGCCUUACAAAGGCAGAGCAGAGGGGGACAGUCUCCUCCCUGCCCUGCUGCCACCCCUCUGUUGCUGCAGCCCAGGAUACAGCCGUCCGUCUGGGCUGCAGUCACACACUGCUGGUUCGUGCCCAACUUUCUGCCCACCAGGAGCCCAAGUCCUUUUCCACAGGGCUGGUCUCAAGGAGUUCUUCUCCCUGUCUGUAUGUGUCCUUGGGAUUGCCCCUGUCAUUGUGCAGCAUCUUGCACUUGACCUUGUUGAACCUCACUAGGUUCACAUGGGCCCCAUUCUCAAGCUUGUUCAGGUCCUUUUGGAUGGCAUCCCUUCCUUCUGUUGUGUCAACUGUACCACUCAGCUUGGAGUCAUCAGCACAUGUGCUGAGGGUACCCUCAAUCCCAGUGUCUAGGUCACUGAAAAAGAUGUUAAAGAGCAUCAAUCCAAAGAUGGACCCCUGGGGAAUACCACUCAUGACCGGCCUGCAGCUGGACGUAGAGCAGCGGACUGCAACCACACAUUGGCUGUGACCAUCCAGCCAAUUCCUUAUCGACUACAUAGACCAACCUUCAAUGUCUAAUUCAGAGAUAAGGAUGUGGUUAAGGACCAUGUCAAUGGCAUUCCAGAAGUCCAGGCAUUGGUCUUUCCCUGUUCAGUGUUGCUGUUGCUCCGUCGUAAAGGCCACCAGAUUGGUCAGGCACAGUCUGCCCUUGCUGAAGCCGUGCUGGCUGUCUCAGAUCACCUCCUUGUCUGGCGUGUGCCUUAUCGUAGCUUCCAGGAGGAUCUGUUGCAUGAUCUUCCCAGGCACAGCUGUGGGGCUCACCAGCUUCCAAUUUCCCCCAGUCUUCCGUUCUUAAAAAAUGGGUCCUUUCCUUCCUUAAGAAAUGGGUCACCAGUCACCGGGGAUUUCACCUGACAGCAUUGACUUUUCAAGUAUGAUGGAGAGUGUCUCGGCAGCCACAUCACCCAGCUCCUUUAGGACCCUGGGGUGCUUGUCAUCCGGCCACGUGGACCUGUACGUGUUCAGUGUCAUCACGUGGUCUUGAACUUGCUCUGCUCUUACAGCAGGAGGGAUUUUGUCCCCCCCCCCAACUGCUGCCCAGAGGUUCAGGAAUGUGAAGGUGCGCAGAUGCGAGAGACAUGGGAAGCCUGGCUGCCAGUGAACAGGCCAAGAACUGACUGAGUACCUCAGCCUUUUCCACCUGUGCUGUAGCCAGUUCUCCCUUCUCGCAAUUCAGAGGAGAUACCCUCUCCUUGGCCUGUCUCUUCUGCCCUACGUACCCCUCUUGUUAAUUUUCACAUCCCUCGCCAAGUGCAGUUCCAGCCAUGCCUUGGCUUUUCUGAUCCCAUCUCUGCACAUCCUGACAGCAUCGCUGUAUUCUUCCCAGGCCACAUGUCCUUGCUUCCACUGCUUUUGCAUUCGUUUCUUUUCCCUCAGUUUGACCAGCGGGUCCUUGCACAGCCACACUCCAGUUUCCUGCCUCCUUUGCUUGAUUUCUUAUACUUGGGGAUGAAGAGAUCUUGCGCUCUCAGAAACUUAUUUUUAGAGAGCUGACAGCUCUGUUUUGUUCCUUUUUCCCCCAGGACAGCUUCACAGGGGAUCUCAUCCAGUAAUUCCUUAAUUAGCUGGAAUUUCGCUCUCCUGAAGUUCAGAGACCUGCCCUUCUCCAGGUCCAUGUUCCUCGAGACCAUGAACUCAACCAGGGCAUGGUCGCUACGGCACAGGCUGCCUCCAGUCUGAACCUCUUGAAGGAGCUCCUCUGUCCUGGGGAGCACAACACAAGCUCCAGUAGCACUUCGCUUCUGCUCGGUUUGCCUGAUUCCUGGGCCUGGAAGCUGUCCUCCACACAUUCAUGAAGUAACAUAUUUCGAGAAUGAGAAACUGAAGUGCAAAUUUCCUAUUAUUAUUAUUUUUUUUUUCCUAAAAUAUUUUGUAAAAGUGAAAGCAUUUAAAUAAAUAACCUGCAAAAAUCAAGUUGUUGUGUUAGGUGUGAACAGUAAUGCAAGGAGCUGUUUGCUCCAGCUAAUGCAGAUGGCGUAUCUUGAAAAGAAAACCAACUUUGGAUGCAUCUGUCUGACAUAGAAUGCUUUAAAGUAUGCUCAUUAUGAAAUUAGUUUAGGGUUCUGAAUGUAUGUUUGCUUGUUUUGUAGUAAAAAACACUGUGUAAUGAAGGUGCUUAAAUUAAAUCCAAGAAAAAGUAAAUUUUGGACUACCAGAUGUGUAUAUACUUGGAAUACUGCAAGAUCUGGAUGUUUCACCAAUAUUUUUCUGUAGAAACUUGUAUUAAGUGAUAAGUGAAGUAUGUUUCUUGUUUGUGCUACUCUUAGCAGUAUUUUAACCAAUUUGUAUUUCCUAUCUUAAAAUUCCAUAUACACAGAAGUCUGAAAAGAGCUCGUCUUUGUCUGCUUUGUUGUUUUCAACGAGAGGGAGUUUGUGAUGGUGUUUUUUUUUCAGUACUUAAGAUGGUCUCUUGCUGCUUCCAUACGUGCCCGUAGGCAGUCUGAUCCACGCUGCUGCCCAGGCACACUGUUCUUUUUUGGCACUCUUUAGCUCUGGGCUUUUAGUUUCCUCUCCUGUAUACUCACUUCCCCUCUCAGCUGUGGAUUGUCCCUCAGAGCAGAGCAGUGGGGAUGGAGCCUCAUUUUCCAUGUUUGCUUACGUCUCUAUGUGAAGUGUAGCUAUCGAAUCCAGUCUUUCUGUUUGAAGUAGUGUCAUAAAUGUACUUUUCCACAAAAAUAAAGAAAACCCUAGCAUACAUCUAAUUAAAAAAAGCACCGUACACUUUGUAAAGCAGAAAUUCAGUGAUCUUUAUUCUUCAAGAGAACUACACAAGUCUUGUUACAACUUCCUCCCCUUUGAUGCCAUUGUAACUAAUAGCAUUUGCAGUCUCUUUUCUCUGUUAAAGGUGCACAUGAACUACCAGCUUUCACAUCCUGGGUUUCUGCAAGACGUUACGGGGCACUGCUGAUAAAUGUUGUUCUGCCUUGAAGGAGCUGGACCAGGGCUUCAAGCACAUCAUUCUGCUCAGGAGAGACAGAUGUUUAACGUUUCCUGACAUUUUAAGUCACAGAGCAUCUGAUUCCUAUUAACAUAUUUGCAAGCUUUCUCUUUUUCCCUUUUUUUUUCCUCUUCUUAAAUUCUACGGAUAGUAAAUGUAUCCUCUGUUAUGGUACUCAGCAGUUUUAAGGAGUCUGUGCUCCGUAGCGGAUAAUCUUAAACAUCUUGGACUUCCAUUUGGGUAAACAAAAUAAAACCCUCAUCCGGAGUCCCGACAGUCGUUGAACAGCUAUGAACAUCAUCGAGGCUUCCAAACCAGACACCGUCAGACCAAAGGAAACAUGGGGAAGCAUUCUGUAUUUGGCUUAUACGUGCAACAGCAGUAAGCUGAAGGGGGAAUGUGUGGGGACACCUCUCCACGUUGAGGAGAAGGUUGCCAAAUGUCUGCCCAUGUGUCGUUGGCACCUUGAGCCGCCAAGGUAAGGAGGAGCGUGGAAACACCGUGAAUGCUCAGCUUAGCUCCUUUACUUAGUGGCUGUAUUCCUAGCUCGUGAUUUUUAAGGAUGUGCAGAAAUGUGCCACGUGUUCAAAAAGCAGCAGGAUGUGCCACAUUCAGCUUGAUAACCAUUUCGGUAUCAAGGGACCGAAAGCACUGAGGUACGCCAACCAAUCUCACUGAAACAUCAAUAAAGUGUAGAAUUUUGUACCUUAA